AGUCACUACCAUGCAGGCAGCUGAGCCGGGAUCAUCGGAAGCUGGAACAGCGACAUGUAGAGAAAUAAUAAAGGAGAUCCAGAAAGUGUCUAAAAAUGGACUGAAGAAUAAUGUGCCUCGGCGAUAAGUAUAACCAUCACCAUCAUGUUCCCGGGAGUUUUCUAUGCAUUACUAGCGGGUUUCCUCGGAGCCGUGGCAUCGUCGUCGGCCAAACUGUCCCUGGGAGCCGACUAUCUGAAAGGAGUCUGUGAAACCGGACUCCGGACGUGGGGUGAGCAGCGGAAAUUCAGACACGCGGAUGAAACCACAGCCUGUGACAGGCUCCACAUCCCUCUGAGGCUGCUGUGUGGUGGUCUUCUUUUCACCUGCAAUGCUGUGAUGUGGACCUUCCUUGCUAAAGCACUCAGGUACUCCUCUUCCUCUACCCGCACCACUGUGACCACCACUGCCUCCAAUUUCGUAUCUUCCGCUUUCCUGGGCCAGCUGAUCUUUGGGGAACCCCAGUUAACACUGUGGUGGGUCGGGAUCUCUUUGACCUUUUCAGGUCUGUUGGUUCUGCAGAGGAUUUCACCACAGGAUAGACAUCAGACAGCAGUCACGACAAAGGACGAAUAGCACGUUGUCUCCACUAGCUGGCUGAGCUGUGCUUGGGCUAACACCUCCUAUGUUCUAAAGCAAAGCCAAAGACAAAAUCUGAAAACAGAGAUUUUAUUGAACACAUUCGCUCUUUAAUAGCAUCCCAAGUGCAUAUGCGAAAAAGCUACAGCCCUUAAGUGAAAAAAAGAGGUCUUCCAGUCAUAUCAAAUAAACGAACCACUCCCCUUCAUCCAUGCAAAAACCAGCUCUAAAAUUAAGGAGAAUUAUGCCAUUAGAGAGAAUCUGCUUCUAUGGCACAGCUACAGUCUGGCUUGUGGAGAUAAACAAACAGAUGCCCAGUUCCAGCUCCUUGCAAGCUCUUAAAUCAUUAUAUAAACAGGUUCACACAGAAAGGGAAUAUCUUUCCAGCUAUUUUUGAUGCAUAAUCUGAAAACCAUAGCACAAAAAACGUAAGGUAAAAAGCUGACGGAACAAACAGCAUGAUAUUUUUGGAGUGGAAACUAAAGACUUUGUCAUUGGUAGGGGAGCAGAUGUCUAUAUCAUUUUCAUGUUUUUGGAUGAAACAGUAGGCCACAGUUAUCUGGAACAAUGCUGCAGUCCAUUUUAUUUCCAAAACUGAAAUUUGAGUUAAAAAAAACUCAGUAGUCUCUGAAAUAAAAAAAAUGCUAUUUUUUUCACAGCCCACUUUCUUAAAAUCCAAUAUAUCUGCCACAUAUUCAAAGGGCAUAUAUAAUCCAAUGUACAAUUCUUAUUAUUUUAGUUGUUUCCAGCCUUGUAGUUGAUGAUAGAUACACUAAUCUUUAUGUCCAACAUUGAGAGAUGUUCUAAAAAUAAAACACAUGGCAGCUGAGGACCUCGCCAAAGCGGAUAAACAGUGCUGGUGUUUUAUUUAGAAAGCCAAACUUGGUGGUCGAGCAGAAAAAAAUCAUUCCAGCAAAGUUUCUAGCUUGGAUUUCACUACAUAAAAAGACUUAUUCAUGGAGGAGGGUAUCAGAUAGUAUUUUUAUAGCUUGGGGACCCGAAAAAUCCCAAAGUUUCCUCAGCUGUAGGUUACUGAUUUUCUUAAACACAUGAAUUCCCUGGUGUCCUUGUUAAGUCGUUUUUUUUUUUAUUUGCUGCCAAGAAGCAGCCCUUCAGUUUUAUAUAUCAGAAACCUUGGAUCUAGAUAACAAAUUGUCACCCAUACAUUGGACUCAAUUACUUUAUAAAGUCAGAAAUAACCAAAGUAAUCCAAAUGUGCUUUUAAUUUUAAUUUUAGGUAGGUACCUUAAAAAUCAAUACAAAAGCAGAUUUAUUAUUUUGGUUUUAUACUUUUAAUUUGUCUUGGAUUUAUGGCUUUAAAGGUUAGCAAAUUAACAAAAGAAAAUAAAAAAAUGGAAACAAAGAAAAAUAGUUAAUCUCCUCACCGAGAAAGUUAUUCAUAAAUGAUACUUGCUUUCCAACUUUUAACACUGUAACAAGCUAUAACACUGUUAUGAACGAAAAUACUUCAUUUUUGUUCUUAAUUUUAAGAGGGGAAGAAUAAAACAUGAUGCCUUGAAUACAGGGAUUGUAAUCCGGGCUAACCAGAAGAAACACUUCUUCUUUGAGAAGAUUUUUGAACUUCUUAUACAGUAAAACAGUAAUGUGUCUUUAACCAACUAUUCCAUGAAAUUUCAUUUGGGCAUAGAGAUAAUAUCAUUGUUUUUAUUAGAUAAAAUAAGUGCAUUACUUUAAUUUGGACCUAUAUGUUUAGAUGUAAGGGCCACUUAAGGUGUAUUAAAAAUAAAAGUAGGCACUGUUAGGUCCUAUUGUGGUUUAUAGACUGAUGUUUGACGUAUGAAACUCACAUUUUGGAGAUCAAUAGUUUAAAAAUCAAAUAUCGUAAGGUGGAGUUGAGCAGCAAGUUUUUAAACAGCUAACAUGUCCGAAAUGGUGUUUUAGUCACAAAGAAUACCUUCCAAAAACUCUGCUGGGUUUGCUAUAAUUUUUUAUAGAAUUUGACAUAACACUGUACAAUUUGGGGCUUGAAAAGGAUUAAUAGUACAGUUUUAAUCCACAGCGAAAACAUAUCACAUUGCUUGAAACCAGUUUGUGGUCCAAAGAUCAAUGGAAAAAUGAAGUAAAGAAUUUUUUCAGUACUUCUGCAUGUGUUUUGCAGGUUGCAUUUGGUUGUGGGUUUUAGCUCUAAACUCUUUUCUAUCAUAAC